AUGUCUUCCCUGGGACCAUUCAUACAGCCACCCGAAUCAGAAGACGAUGACCCGAUCAUCCACGCCUCCCUGCAACGGUACAUCCACGCCCUAUCAGAUUCACACAGCAACUACGCACGCUUCUUCUCCACCCUGCUGAUCCCGCAGCAGUCCCACGAGCAAUUCUUCGUUGAUUUGAAGCAAUUCCGUGAACAGGCCGCCAUCAUCUAUCUCCUCGCGCCGGGCACUUCUGAGAACUACCGCAUGGUGUCACGCAACUUUGUCGGGUCGCGGUUCGCACACCCGUGGUGCCGGGUGCAGAGUGAUUUCGGCAAGGGAUGGCGCUCGGCCAGCUGGGCCGGAACUUCAGGGGCCAAGAUCGACGAGCGGGUGAGGAAGGAAGAGGAGCGGCUUCAUAAGCUGCUCGUCCCGAUUUGGAUCGCCAUGAGGCGGAGAAUGUUUCCCGGGGAGGACGUGGUCAAGGAAUGGAUCGAGAAGGAGGAUGAGCGUGAAAGAGCUGCCGCAGAGGAGAUGAAGAAGAAGAAGAAGAAAAUCAAGGCAGACGAAGCGGAAUCCUCCAUGUCGGCACCGCCUGAAGGGGUGGAUCGUGCUCUCCCAUCAGGGUCUCCGCCUGCACACUCGGAACUCAGCUUCGCCACCAAAUCGACGAAGCCUGCCUCGACGCAUUCGGACACCACAACUACAGCUCCCAACGGAGCAGCGGCCGCCUCCAAGCUGUUCUUGGGCGUGGCCGUUACGGGAUUCAUCAUGAGCGACAAACGCAUCCAGAAAUACGUCGGGAAGAAGCUGAGGAAGAAAUGA